AUGAAAGGCGCCGUCAUCGGAGCGUCGACCGUCCUGGUGGUGGCGGUGGUCGCCACCAUCUGCGUCGUAUCCUUCAGAGGCAGCGGCAAUGGCGACAGGGACGAGGGCGAGAUGUCCACGUCGGUGAAGUCCAUCAAGUCCUUCUGCCAGCCCGUGGACUACAGGGAGACGUGCGAGAAGGCGCUCAAGGCGGCGGCCGGGAACGCCACCAGCCCGACGGACCUGGCCAAGGCAAUCUUCAAGGUGACGUCCGACCGGAUCGAGAAGGCCGUGCGCGAGUCCGCCGUGCUCAACGAGCUCAAGAACGACCCGCGCACGUCGGGCGCGCUCGACAACUGCAGGGAGCUGCUGGACUACGCCAUCGACGACCUCAAGACCACCUUCGACAGGCUGGGCGGCUUCGAGAUGACCAACUUCAAGAGCGCCGUGGACGACCUCCGGACGUGGCUCAGCUCCGCGCUCACGUACCAGGAGACGUGCCUGGACGGGUUCGAGAACACGACCACGGCCGCGGCGGGCAAGAUGCGCAAGGCGCUCAACAGCUCGCAGGAGCUGACGGAGAACAUCCUGGCGCUCGUGGACGAGUUCUCCGAGACGCUCGCCAACCUGGGCAUCCCGAGCUUCCACCGCCGGCUUCUCGCGGAGCACGCCGGCGGCGUGCCCUCGUGGAUGCCCGACGCCAAGCGCCGGCUGCUGAAGGUCUCCCCCGGCGAGAAGGGUUUCAAGCCGGACGUGACGGUGGCCAAGGACGGCAGCGGCGACUUCAAGACCAUCAACGCGGCGCUGGCCAAGGUGCCGGUGAAGAGCGCCACCACGUACGUCAUGUACGUCAAGGCCGGCACGUACAGGGAGUACGUGUCCGUGCCCCGGAACGUGACGAACCUGGUGAUGAUCGGCGACGGCGCCACCAAGACGGUGAUCACGGGCGACAAGAGCUUCAUGAUGAACAUCACCACCAAGGACACGGCGACGAUGGAGGCGAUUGGGAACGGCUUCCUGAUGCGCGGCAUCGGCGUGGAGAACACGGCGGGCGCCAAGAACCACCAGGCGGUGGCGCUGCGCGUGCAGAGCGACAUGUCGGCGUUCUACGAGUGCCAGUUCGACGGGUACCAGGACACGCUGUACACGCACACGAGCCGGCAGUACUACCGCGACUGCGUCAUCACGGGCACCAUCGACUUCAUCUUCGGCAACGCGCAGGUGGUUUUCCAGAACUGCCUCAUCCAGGUGCGCAAGUGCAUGAACAACCAGCAGAACAUCGUCACGGCGCAGGGCCGCAAGGAGCGGCGGUCGGCGGGCGGCACCGUCAUCCACAACUGCACCAUCGAGCCGCACCCGGAGUUCGAGAAGAGCGCCGGCAAGCUCAAGACCUUCCUGGGGCGGCCGUGGAAGGAGCACUCGCGCACGCUCUACAUCCAGUCGGAGAUCGGCGGGUUCAUCGACCCGAAGGGGUGGCUGCCGUGGCUCGGCGACUUCGGCCUCAACACCUGCUACUACGCCGAGGUGGAGAACCGCGGGCCUGGCGCCGACAUGAGCAAGCGCGUCAAGUGGAGGGGUGUCAAGAACGUCACCUACCAGCACGCGCUGCAGAAGUACACCGUCGAGAGCUUCAUCCAGGGCCAGCACUGGCUCCCAAACCUCGGCGUGCCAUUCAUCCCGGGGCUGCUGCCGCAGAACCAGUCUGGCAGGAUACACUGA